GAUAAGAAGGUUCUUGAAAGAAAAGGGGCGAAAUCAAAAGCGAAAGAAACGGAGAAGGUCAAUGGCAGAGUCUGUGGGUGUGGCUGGGUUCGGUGUUUCAGGCUCAUUCUCUCUUACUAGGCCCACAAUCUUUUCUCGAUCUUCCAAUAAUAUCUCUCUCUUUCGCUCUCAAUCUCAUUUCCCUGCUGCUGCAUUCGGUUCCUUGACACGUUCCAACCCACACGUGCACGCCGCUGUCACUUCCGACUCCAAGGCCGCUACUUCGCUUGACCUAACUCAACCCGAUCUCGAUAAUAGCGGCGGCGGUGCCAACGGUAACGGCGGCGGCGGUGGAGGUGGAGGUGGAGGUGGAGGAGAAGGAGGAGGUGAUAAUAGCAAGGGCGAGGAAGGAUCUGACGGUGACAAGAGGAAAAUGGCUCUGUUAAUGUCUCAGAAAUUCACUCUAGCUUAUGCUGCACUCGUCGGAGUGGGUGGUGUAAUGGGUUAUCUCAAGAGUGGCAGCAACAAGUCACUUUUGGCUGGGGGUUUGUCUGCAUCACUGCUGUAUUAUGUUUAUACUGAGCUACCUGGAAGCCCUGUUUUCGCAUCAUCUGUUGGCCUUGGCAUAUCUGCUGCACUUCUUGGGGUGAUGGGUUCUCGUUUCAAGAAAUCAGGAAAGGUCUUUCCAGCAGGUGUUGUGUCACUUGUGUCCCUCAUAAUGACUGGUGGUUACUUGCAUGGAAUUAUGCGUAGUGCGCACUAAGUAACGAAGGUGGGAUUGUAGGAUAGCAUCCUGUAAACUUCGCUGAAUGCAAUCUCCUCCUACUGUUAUGAAGCUUGUGUUUUUGUCUUUUAGACUCAUGGUGCUUAUGUUGGUCAUACAUGUAGACUUUCGUUGUUAAAUAAGGACACCAUCGGAUUGCGUUCGACCACUGUUUACAGGCAUUAUUGUUAGUUGUUCUUCUCGACUUCUAUAGUAUGCAAUGUUCUGCGAAAGUCGUAUUUGAGGAGUUGCAAUUUUUCAAUAGUUACUGCAGCAAUGCAAGGAAAAAGUGAGAGAAAUAUAAUAAGAGAAACCUGGACCAAUUCUUUCUUUUAUUUUACUUUUUUGGUUUAUUUCUCUCUCACUGCAUUGUUGCAAGUUUGCAAGCUUAAUGCUGUUAAAUAUGAAAUGGAUACCUUUAUUAUGCCAA